CUCACUCGUCUUCACUUCUCUUCACGACUAAACAUGAGGGUUCUGUUGGCCUGUGCUGGCGUGGCACUGCUGCUGGGCGUGUGCUGUGGGGCGCCCGACGUGUCCUCUCACUCCACCUUCAACAGAAGCAACGGAAGGAACGGCCAUGGAGGAAACGGAGGAAACAGGCAGAUAUGGCAGCAACGGUGGAAACAACGGCCACAACGGAGACAACGGUGGCUACGGAAGCAACGGAGGACACAACGGCUAUGGCAGCAACGGAGGACACAACGGUUAUGGCAGCAACGGAGGAAACAACGGCCACAACGGAGACAACGGUGGCUACGGAAGCAACGGAGGAAACAACGGCUAUGGCAGCAAUGGAGGACACAACGGCUAUGGCAGCAACGGAGGAAACAACGGCUACGGAAGCAACGGAGGAAACAACGGCUAUGGCAGCACAGGCCACAACGGAGACAACGGUGGCUACGGAAGCAACGGAGGAAACAACGGCUAUGGCAGCACCGGCCACAACGGAGACAACGGUGGCUACGGAAGCAACGGAGGAAACAACGGUUAUGGCAGCAACGGCCACAACGGAGACAACGGUGGCUACGGAAGCAACGGAGGAAACAACGGCUAUGGCAGCAACGGCCACAACGGAGACAACGGAGGCUACGGAAGCAACGGAGGAAACAACGGUUAUGGCAGCAACGGAGGAAACAACGGCUAUGGCAGCAACGGCCACAACGGAGGCAACGGCGGCUACGGGAGCAACGGAGGAACCGCCACUGGUUUUGCUGUCUUUAACCUCGGGGCCCCUCUGAGCAGCGGUUCCAACGGUGGUUCCAAUGGCGGCUAUAGUGGUUCCAACGGUGGUUCCAAUGGCGGCUAUGGUGGUUCCAACGGUGGUUACAACGGAGGGUCCAACGGCGUCCACAGUGGUUCCAACGGCGGCUACGGUGGUUCCAACGGUGGUUACAACGGAGGCUCCAACGGCGUCCACAAUGGUUCCAACGGCGGCUACGGUGGUUCCAACGGUGGUUACAACGGAGGCUCCAACGGCGUCCACAAUGGUUCCAACGGCGGCUACGGUGGUUCCAACGGAGGCUCCAACGGCGUCCACAAUGGUUCCAACGGCGGCUACGGUGGUUCCAACGGUGGUUACAACGGAGGCUCCAACGGCGUCCACAGUGGUUCCAACGGCGGCUACGGUGGUUCCAAUGGCGGGUAUGGUAGCUCCAACAGUGGUUCCAGUGGCGGUUCCAAUGGCGGUACCAGCGGAGUAUAUGGCAAGUAAAACAAACCUUCCCAAAUAAGGAACAUACGACGGGAAGAUGAAUGAGAACGUUCUAUUGUAACCUCCCUCUCUCUCUCUCUCUCUCUCUCUCUCUCUCUCUCUCUCUCUCUUAGAUAAAAGUCAUGCGUUUUAUUAUUUAUAUAUUUAUUUUUGUCUUUAGCUUCCUUCAUUUAUUGUUUCCUUAUCUUCCUUUCUCUCCCUCUCUUCUCUAUGUAUCUAUUUUUUCUGUCUCUCCCCCUCAUGAGUGUGUGUCUGUGUGUACGCCCCUAUGUGUGUACCAAGGCCAGCCGUGUAAACAUUCCCGAUGGCGAACACGAGUCAAUAUUAAAACGAUCUACAAAUUGUG